AUGUUUCGGUUGAGUGACAAAGACAGGCAGGAUGAACUAAACUAUGCCAAAUCAAGGGGUACUGCGAAGGACAUGUUUCAGAACUAUGUCCGAGCAAGCCGUGCAGUAUACCGCUUGGAUGACAAAGAAAUAGGAAUUUUUAAUCAAAAAAUAAGCGAGGCCUACAUUCUUGAGUUCUAUGUGGCAUGGAAAAUGAACGAUACCCUACCAAGGUUUGGGGAACACGUCCCACAAAAGAUCGAACAAAUUAUUCCACGGGAGAUUUUCACAAAGGAGAUGGCACGUAUGGUGAUGGAAAGCCUCUUAGCCCCAUUGCUGGAAGUGCGCACUCAGAUGUGGAGUAUCCGAGCGCUGACUUCUGUCCUGGAUCGCUUAGGACACCACAGUUUCGCGUUAAUCGAUUAUGAGGGCCGAAAGGCGCCAAUCAACAUCAUUCUGCCAAAAACCAUCGAAGCCGAGGAGGGAUGGUCGCAAUUGCGGUUGGAGCUCCUGGGCGCUUUCUUAAAGAUUCCACAAUCUGUUAGCGCACCUGUAAUUCAGAUGAUGGUUCCCCAUGCCACUCAGGGUGGGGAUGGUACUGCUGCUAUACAACACGUAGCUCCCAGUACUCCCAGUGUGGUCUUGGCUCCAACUCGCCCAAGGACAGCCUGUCCUACAACACCAUACUCCCCUAUUAGCAAAGGCAAGGCGAUGGGCGAUCGUGGACCCACCUCCAGGUCGAAUCUCUCAUUCAAGAUGCCUGAUCCCUCCAUGAUUACCGCCACACCAAUGCCUCCAAGUCCCACAGCAACACUGCGGUCAUCGUCUGUUUCAUCCAACAUAUGGGAGAGGUUAGCCAACGAGAGUGCGGACCCCGAGGCAAUCGGUGCGCACCUUGCAGAAGUUUCACUUGCAUCAAACGUAGAAGUGCCGAAAAGAUUCGGGCACAGUCCCUCCUAUGCCCCGGCUGCCACGGCCACUGCUCCUGUGGUGUCAGCAUUGACCCAAGAAAACGUACAGAGCCUAGAGCAGAGCAGUUCACAGUUGGGCAUGACCAACUUGAUGGCGACGACUCCAUCAAAGGACCCAAGGCAUGCGCCACCCAUUUCCACAUCGCAUGCUGGCGAACUCUACGGACAUCACGACAAGGAUCGAGAGCUUACUGAAAUGGACAUAAGCGUUAUCGUUCUUUUGGCCCAAUCCGUAAAAUUCAAUGAAGUUGAGUAUCGCAACACAUUGAUAAAACGGUUUGAUCGUUCCCCAAGCGAGGCAUACUUGCUCGCAAAGGUGGCAGCAGCGAACCGAAGGUAA